AUGCACAUUGAACCUAGCCAAUGUACUCUGCGGGAUGUAUUAAACUAUAUCUCGUCUUUGAAAGGGUUGGCGAGCAAACUAAAGCGUCAAGUGACUGAGCUUGAUGGGGCAAACAAAACAUUGAAAAGUGAGUUGGCAAAAGCUGAAAACGAGGUUUCAAUUCUACGCGAGAGCUCAAAAGAGGAACGCGAUGCUGUGACUAAACUAGCAGCCUGGAGAAAUGACUGGAAAACGUUUGAGAAUGAAAUGAAUCAGGAGUUGGCUCUCAAGGAGGCAGAAGUCAACAAGUGGAAGAACAAGGUGCUCGAAAAAAGCGAAAAAGAAAAUCAAUUGGCAAAGAGUGUCGAACGACUCGAAAAAGAUCUUUCAAGCAAGAAUGAGGAAAUAAAAAAGUUAAAGGAUGAUCUGCUCAAAAAGACGCAGAUGGAAAACCAGAUGGAGACUCGAAUUGAACUGCUCGAGAAGGAUCUUUUAAGCAAAGAUGAGGUAUCCCAGAAGGUGCAGAAAGAGUUGCUCGAAAAGAUGCAGCACGAUAAAAUGGAACACGAAGCGCUUAAAAGGAAAGAAAUUGACAUUCUACACAGCGAGUUGGCCCAGGAAAACUCUAGAGCAGACCAGAUGGCCCAACUGAUCCAAAGCCUCGAGGAAAAGUUAUCUUUGAAAGAUGCGCACGUGAUCAAAUUGAAGAACAAACUAUCAGAAACGACCACCAGGGAGGAUCAAAUGGCAAUGGAGAUGAAACGUUUACAAAAUGAGCUCGCUAUAACCAAGCGCAAUAACGAGACAAAGAAUCGCGACCUCCUUCACCGUAAUCAUCUUUUGAAGAAGGAGACGGUGGACUGCAAAAGGAGAGAAAAGGAGAUUGUGAGCACGAUGAAGCACUUGGAGCAAGAUGUGCAGCUCACUCGCAGCGAGAUUGAAGCAAAGAGUGACGCGUUGGAAAGGGUAAAAAGCCAAGAAGAAGCCAUCUAUGGGGAAUUGGAAAUGAUGAAGAAUGAAUUUGCAUGUUUCAGAAAACAGUUUGCUGACGAGAUGGCAAUAAAUAAACCCCCGAGACAUGCUCCCGGUCAGAUAACUUCUGCAGUAUCGCAAGCUUUUGCCACACUAGUCGAGGAGACGGAAAGAAACGUGAAUAGUAGCGGUAGCAAGUCUUUCAAUGGUGCCGACACCGUCAACCUUUGCCUGUUGUACGAGAACAACUACUUUGAAGCCUUGAAUGAGAGCAGAGACAAUCGUAAUUCUCGCAUAUUCAGCCAGGAAUUGAGCAAAAAUUUGCUCAAAUUGACCUGUGGCUAUUGCGAAAAGUUGAUCCCGCGGGAGGAAAAGCAAAUUGCUUACUUGAAACUGCUCGUUAAAGACUUGCUGCAGAAGAAGUUUGAGCCAAGCGACGACGACAUUAACUACUUGAGCCGCCAGGUUGUUAAGACCGUUGCCUAUUUGUUUUCCAAACUGCUUAAAACUGCUCUCGUGGUAGAAAAGAAAAACCUCAAAAUGCCGCUAGAGGCAAUAUAA